UCCCGACAGGCCUAGCGGCCACGGGAGUCACAUGAGGGUGGGCGGAGGAGUUGGUGGCUUGUCGCCUGUCUCUCCGUCUCUAUGGUUUUCAGAAGUGGGCGGCUUUGACUGGGAAGCAGCUGGAACUCCAGCGUGUAGUCAGGAUGUUUCGUCUUAACUCACUUUCUGCAUUGGCAGAACUGGCAGUGGGCUCUCGAUGGUACCAUGGAGGAUCACAGCCCACCCAGAUCAGGCGACGGCUAAUGAUGGUGGCUUUUCUUGGAGCAUCUGCAGUAACUGCAAGUACUGGUCUCUUGUGGAAGAGGGCCCUUGCAGAAUCUCCACCAUCUGUAAACAACCUAAAGAGUGAACUUGGUGAUAAAGGGAAGAAUAAAGAUGAAGGGGAAGAUUGUAACCAUGAAAAAAAGGCUGCAGGUAUUAGUCUUGAGCCCUGUCCAGAAGAGAAAAAGAAGAAACGUUCUGGAUUCAGAGACAGAAAAGUGAUGGAAUAUGAGAAUAGGAUUCGCGCAUAUUCCACACCAGACAAAAUCUUCCGAUAUUUUGCCACCUUGAAAGUAAUCAGUGAGCAUGGUGAAUCUGAAGUGUUUAUGACACCACAAGAUUUUGUGCGAUCCAUAACACCCAAUGAAAAACAACCAGAACACUUGGGUCUGGAUCAAUUUACAAUAAAGCGCUUUGAUGGAAAGAAAAUUGCCCAAGAACGAGAAAAAUUUGCUGAUGAAGGCAGUAUAUUUUACACCCUUGGUGAAUGUGGACUCAUAUCCUUUUCAGACUACAUUUUUCUUACAACUGUUCUUUCUACUCCUCAGAGAAAUUUUGAAAUUGCCUUCAAGAUGUUUGACUUGAAUGGAGAUGGAGAAGUAGACAUGGAAGAGUUUGAACAGGUCCAGAGCAUCAUUCGCUCCCAGACGAGCAUGGGUAUGCGUCACAGAGACCGUACUACUACUGGUAACACCCUCAAGUCUGGCUUGUGUUCAGCCCUCACAACCUACUUUUUUGGACCUGAUCUCAAGGGGAAGCUGACAAUCAAAAACUUCCUUGAAUUUCAGCGUAAACUUCAGCACGAUGUUCUGAAGCUAGAGUUCGAACGUCAUGACCCUGUGGAUGGGAGAAUCACUGAGAGGCAGUUUGGUGGCAUGCUGCUGGCCUACAGUGGGGUGCAGUCCAAGAAGUUGACUGCCAUGCAGAAACAGCUCAAGAAGCACUUCAAAGAGGGCAAGGGUCUGACAUUUCAGGAAGUGGAGAACUUCUUUACUUUCCUAAAGAAUAUUAAUGAUGUAGACACUGCAUUGAGCUUUUACCAUAUGGCUGGGGCGUCUCUUGAUAAAGUGACCAUGCAGCAGGUGGCCAGGACAGUGGCUAAAGUGGAACUCUCAGACCACGUGUGUGAUGUGGUGUUUGCACUCUUUGACUGUGAUGGCAAUGGGGAGCUGAGCAAUAAGGAAUUUGUUUCCAUCAUGAAGCAGCGGCUGAUGAGAGGCCUGGAGAAGCCCAAAGACAUGGGCUUCACCCGGCUCAUGCAGGCCAUGUGGAAAUGUGCACAGGAAACUGCCUGGGACUUUGCUUUGCCCAAACAGUAGCCCCAGACUGUAAGAGGAGCCACUUCUCCACCCCCAGCACUCUGGCCCCUUGAGCAGAGCCUCGGCACAGCCCUCCCUGUUGCUGCUUCUGCUGCAUCCUCCUGGGAAUGAUCUCGGCGGUCAUCCAGUUCCCCUCUCCACCCUUCCCCUAUCCCAGUGUUCUGUGAGGCUGAUUCUGAGCCAGUGAUUAUCACCAUAGGUUCUCAGAAACAAAAGCAAGUCCUAAAAGUGCAGACCUUUGGCAUCUUCAGCAGUACCACACAGUCAAGCGCCCUACUGAUAAAGAAGGCGGAACCAUCCACGUACCUGCCCACCCUGGCAACACCCAGUUCUUGAGUCAUUUUGCUGUGGAUUGAUUAUUAGCAAGAGCAUCCCUUGCUUCUCCUCCUGCUGGUGUUUUUAAGCUACAAAUGAGGGAAGCUGCUGGCAGGCGAAAGGAAAUCAGUGAUGAAUGAUAACGAGGAUGUCCAGGGCACCCUGAGCUGGCAGGAGGCCUGUGCCAGAGGAGGGAUUUGUGUCAGUCCCCAGGGCAGCUCUGAGGCCUGCUCCAGGAAGGCAAGGGGCAUGGUGGGAAUGGGGCAAGAUUGGGAAUUCACAGCAGCUGCUCCUUGGCUCUCUCCACUCCCUUCUUUUCCCCUCAGGCUCCAUAAGAAGACUCACCACGACUGUGCUUAUUAAUGAGCAGCAGUGGUUGAGCUCACGUUCCCUGCAAGUGCCAUUUCCCCUCCAGGGGUGCGCCUCUGAAGCUGAGGCCUGGCUCAGAGCCUGUCUGCCCUCUUGUCUUAGACGCUUGUAAAAUAUCACUUUAAUUACAACAGUUUGCAAUACCCUC